UCUUAUCGUCCGCUGUGACCGGAGCAUGUGUAAUGCAGUGUGGUGUUUCAGAAUGGCCUCUCCUUAUUUCUCUCAAAAUAUGACAGUUGUCACUCGGAGAACUGAGAAGGCUGCCAGCUGCACCACUGGUGCCCCUCUCCUGUCCAGACGAAGAGACGCUGGUGACAUUUCCUCGGUUGCUGUGAAAGUAGAGGAGGAGGAGGCAAGAGUCUCCCAGCAAACACCCUCCUUGUCAACACCAGAUGGUAGUCAGGACCGCCUCCAGUUGGCCACUGCUCAACCAAAACGAGAAGCAGAUUGUCUGUCGUUAUCGUCACAUGGCCGCAGGCAGAGACAAGUAAAAGUGGAGUAUGAUGAGGGUGUUUUGCCGGCGAAGACGAAACACUGGCAACCUCCUGAUUGGAAGAAACAGUUAGGGCACAUUCGUGAAAUGAGGAGCAGCCGUGAUGCCCCCGUAGAUAACAUGGGAGCAGAGAAGUGCUACGACGCAGAGGCUCCGGCUAAUGUGAGACGCUUUCAGGUUUUGGUGUCCCUGAUGCUGUCUAGUCAGACCAAAGACCAGGUGACGGCAGCUGCUAUGCAGAAGCUCAGAGUUCAUGGCUGUACUGCAGAAAAACUCCUGUCGACUGAUGACGGAACUCUGGGAAAACUCAUCUACCCAGUCGGCUUCUGGAGGAACAAAGUCAAAUUUCUGAAGAUGACAGCAGCCAUGCUCGUGAAGGAUUAUGGAGGCGACAUCCCAGACAGCGUGGAGGCGCUUGUCCGUCUGCCAGGAGUUGGACCCAAGAUGGCUCACCUUGCUAUGGAUAUCGCCUGGGACCAAGUGUCUGGUAUAGGCGUAGACACACAUGUGCAUCGGAUCUCUAACAGGCUCGGCUGGCUCAUGAAGCCCACCAAGAACCCAGAGGCGACACGCAAGGCCCUACAGGAGUGGUUACCUCGGGAUCUCUGGAGCGAGAUUAACUGGCUGCUUGUGGGUUUUGGACAGCAGGUUUGCCUUCCAACCAACCCGCUCUGCUCCCUGUGUUUGAACCAGCAUAGCUGCCCGUCUGCUCACCAAAGUUCUCCUGCAAAGCGGCUAAAAGCUUCGGGUCUAGCCUCUUCCCUCCAAACAAAAGCUGAAUCUGAACAAGAAACUGUUGUUAAUGAGGAGAUGAUCGAAGAAGAGCCACAGCCGGUUAAUCCCACCACACUGAGAAGGAAGCUGAAAAACAAGAUUAAUCACUCAUUUUAAACCUUCUCUUGGAUUAUGUUGAAUAACAUGGAUUGGUGGUUAGAGGGAUUUAAAUGGUUUUACCCACUUAAAACACUUUGUAAGUUUAGGAACAAAACAAAUACUCUGCUGUUGUUGCUGCCGUGGGAAACAGUGCUGACAUUCAUUUGGAACCUCCUAUUACAAGAUCACUUUUUUCUGUCCACUUCACUUCAAUCUGCAUAAAAUCGCACAAGGCAAGCAAUUUUCUUGGUGGAGCACAAUUUGUACACAAUGCAAUUCGAAGUGCUUUUCAGCUACAUAAAAACACAAGAAGGAAAAUAAAAUAAUUCCAUGAAACAAAAAUAAUAAUUAAAUUAAAAGAGAGGAGUGCAAAUAAAAUCCUUUCAGUUGUCCUUCUCAAGGCAUUGAACCGAUAACAAUUGGCCUGUACUGGUAAUUUACCAGAAAGGCCCUGGAUGAAUAGGAAUA